CACUUACUGUGCAGUAAUGUCCACCUCACAGUCAACCAGCUCAAUCACAAUUUCAGACAGUGCCCGUCGCGUCUUGUUUAGCAGACACCUAUCUACCUUAGUGCCUAGCUUAAGCUCAGUGAGAGGUCCAUUGAGUUACCAAUCCUUGGCUUCUUCCAGCGAGUCGCAAUGCUUCGGCUCAGCAUUUCGUCUCUCCUGGUUUAAGUUGCUUCUAUCCAAGUGCCACUUGUGGCUGUUGUCUCAGGCUCACAGCGUACCUAUAGGCUCUUAGAAGUCUCUAUCAUUUCCCUGCUGUAUGGUACUCUUUCAUCGUUGCAUGCGCUCAUCUCUCAUCUACCGGUUAAGCUUAGGUUUCAUUCCUCUCCUACUCACCCUCUCUUGUCUCUCUCACACAUACUCUCACUCUAUCCCCUGCAAUCCAAGCAUUCGGCCCCCAAGUGAAUGUAGUGGGUUGGAGCAUCGAGCCUGGACUGAGCUAGACCAGAUGAACCAGCCCUUGGGAUUACCGCGUGUCGCCCCAUCGCCUGUGCGACGUUGAAGACAACCUAGAAGACAGUCUUCGCUCAUUCCCGCUUCUCACCUUGCCCACUCACUCACUCACUACCUUGCCUCUCAUCCAAGACACCAAGACACCGACCGGUCUUCUGUUCAGUGACCCAUUGGUUGCUGGCCGGUGUCGCCAUCGCCCUUCUCUCUCCCGAUUGUCCCCCUCCCCACUUCGUCGUUGCUGUUCAUCCACUGUCGUUCUUGUUGGAUACGACGUCUCUGGGCUUCCACCGCCAACCCGAGCAGUAGAGCGAGGGGAGGGGACCGGCAGGUUCCAUUCUCUGUUGUUAUUCUGCCCUCCGUGCGGUGCGCCAGUCACCCUCUCGGGUUGUGCCUGUCGAUCCGCUACCAGUCCGUCUACCGUUCCGCCGUGGAGUUCGUUUAAACGUUCGAUCAGACAUCUUUGCAACCCUCCACUACCUUACCUCUCACACUCUUCCUCGCUCUUUCUCUCUCUCACUCAUACCAUCUCACUCGCUUCAUUCCAUCUCAACGGCCUGUCUCCGGGGGACAUGGCUCGUGCCCGAUUCCGUUUAUUUACAAUCCGAUACCUCGUCAGCUAGAUGAUCCGGAACCCGAUUGUGACCUUCUCCGUUUCAUAAACAAAAGUCUCUUAAUGUCAUGCAGCCAUAUUCACCUCCUACCAUGGCCACGUUUCCAAAGUCCUUCCUGGCCGCCGUCGUCAAGCAGCUGCUCCGGGGCAAAUCGUUGAUCCAAGCCCUCCUAGCCUUCUGGCUCACGCCACAAACCGUCUCAGGGAAACCGACAACUUCAAAGGUGGAUUGUUGCAGCACAUCAGGGACGACGACGCCCUCGGGCCAAAGUAUCGAGGAAUACCUAAAGGAGGCCGAACACCUCCUCCUGGGGCCCUUACUCGACAACGAUGGCCUCAUCGAGUUAUCCAACGCCCUCAAGGCGCAGUUCAGAGACAAGUUGCAGACGAGCAUGGCCUGUAUGCUCCCUUCGUACAACCACCAGCUCCCCGGCGGGCACGAGGUCGGUCAGUACCUGGCGGUAGACGUGGGGGGGUCGACGCUGCGUAUCGCGCUGGUCGAGCUGCGGGGUCGUGACGCCGUGGGCCGGGAGAGCGAGAUUGUGCGGAUGAGUUCGUUCAAGAUCGACAACGACAUUAGGAACUUGGAGGGCAUGGCCUUCUUCGACUGGAUGGCCGAGAGGAUAUGGGACAUGGUGUCACAGGACGGCCAGGACCCUUCACGGCCCAUGCCCAUGGCCCUGGCAUGGAGCUUUCCCAUCGAGCAAACAUCACUAAAAGGCGGCCGCAUCCACGGCAUGGGCAAGGGCUUCCUCGCCGCCGAGGGCCUCAUGGGCCAAGACCUGGGCGAGGUCAUCGAGGCCGCCUGCGCAGCCAGGGGCCUGACGGGCACCCGGCUGCGCGUCAUCCUCAACGACGGCGGCGCCACGCUGCUCUCCCAAGCCUACGUCCACCCGGCCACCCGCUUCGGCCUCAUCCUCGGCACCGGCGUCAACAUCGCCGCCUACCUCCCCGUCUCGCUGAUCGGCAAGCCGAAAUUCGGGGACCGCCCGCGGGAGUGGUGGAGUGAGGCGCGCGACGUCAUCGUCAACACGGAGCUCGGCAUGUUUGGCGGCGGGGGCGUCCUCAGCGUCACGCGGUGGGACGGGCUGUUGAAGCAGGGGCACCCGAGGCCCGAUUUCCAGCCCUUGGAGCAGAUGGUGAGCGGGUACUAUCUCGGCGAGGUGGUGAGGUUCGCGUUGAUUGAGGCGAUUCGGUCGACGGGGGUGUUUGGCGGCGUGGUGCCCAAGUCUCUUGAUGAGCCGUACUCUUUGAAGUCCGAGACGAUAUCUGCUGUUGAAGGAGAUACAUCACCAUCACUCUCGUCCUCCAUCGACCUCUUCACCACCCAACAUCCCUCAUCUCACACCCCCACGCCAUCAGACCUCGCCGCCCUCCGCAGCUUAGCCUCCUUCGUCUCGAGGAGGUCGGCCGCCAUCAUCGCAGCGUGCCUGCACGCCGUAUGGUCCCUCCGUCUCGAGUCUCUAGCCGAAGAAAACGAGACAAACGCAAAACGGACGGCGUCGACGAACCGGAAUUCCGCAGAGGGGGACGAGGACGAGGACGCGGACCUUCUUCACCAGAGAAUAGAAAAGGAAACCGCCCUGCCCCGGACAAUGGUCGCCUACAACGGCAGUGUCAUCGAGUGCUACCCGGGCUACCUGGCAAUGUGCCAGUCGUACGUCGACGCGCUGGUCAACCGGGGCGACAGGAGCGUCGAGCUCGUGCCGGCGAAGGAGAGCUCGCUGUUGGGGGCCGGCGUCGCGCUGGCGAGGGCGUGUGAUGGGACUGCGUAAAGAGAUGAUUUCUCACUUGGCGUCACGCGGGGCCUCCCGUGAGAGAGCCUAUGUAUGUGCGGACUGAGAUAUGGGAGGAAGAUAGAGAUGGUUUUGCACUUUUGAGUGGCAUAAUUUCUGACAGCAUGCAUGGCAAGGAGUAAAAACA